UCUUAUGCAGUCAAAUUUGGAGCCUCUGCAGCACUGCAGGAAGGCUAACUAUAAAUCUAGAAGGAAUAAACAAUGUCCACUCAUAUUACAUAUACGAACACGCAAACCUGUUAAAGAAAGAAAAGGAAGUCUAUAGAGAUGGAAAUUAUGGAGGACGUGGUGAUAGUUGGUGCGGGAAUAGCAGGGCUUGCAACCGCAGUGGCCUUGAAGAGAGUUGGGGUUCGAUCUUUGGUACUAGAGAGAUCAGAAAGACUACGAACUACAGGUGCAGCCUUAACUCUUCUUCCAAAUGCUUGGCUCGCCCUUGAUGCUCUUGGCGUUUCUCAUAAGCUCACUUCCAUUUAUAAUCCUACCUUCAGAGUAGUGUUAACAGAUGUGGCUACUGGAGCUGUUCAAGAUACCUUGUUCCCAGAAAAUGGAGCUAAAGGACAUGGACCCAGAUCAGUUCAUCGGACAGCUCUAUUAGAGGCUCUAGCAGAAGAGUUGCCUGCUGAUUCAAUUAGAUUUUCUUCUAAGUUUACUGCAAUUGAAGAGCAAAAACAAGAAGGGGCUCCCGUUGUCGUUUUGCAUUUGGAAGAUGGAACUACUAUCAAAUCUAAGGUUUUAAUAGGGUGUGAUGGGGUGCACUCCGGCGUAGCAAAAUGGUUAGGACUCUCUGCACCAAUCCAUUCAGGUAGAGCAGCAGUGCGUGGAGUGGCAGUUUACCGAGAAGGCCAUGGGUUUAAGCAAGAAGUAUCGCAGUUUAUAGAUGUUGGCAAAAGAGCUGGUUUUGUCCCUCUAAAUGACAAACAACUCUACUGGUUCCUCACUUGCGCUGAAGGAGAAAACAUGGCAAGAGACCCUGAAGAAAUACAAAAAGAAAUCAUGAACAAGUAUGCAAAAGAUUUUCCCUCAACAUACCUUGACGUGGUUCGACAUGCUGAUCUGUCAAAUUUAUCAUGGGCCCCAUUAACGUUAAGAAAACCAUGGGAUGUCUUAUUUGGAAAACUAAGCAAAGGAAACGUAACAGUGGCUGGUGAUGCAAUGCACCCAAUGACACCUGAUCUAGCUCAAGGCGGCUGUGCAGCACUGGAAGACGCUGUCGUUUUAGGCAGACUUAUUGGAAAUUCAUUUAUUAAAAAUAAUGGUAGACUUGUCUCAAAUGACAUGGCUGGAGUUCUGAAUGAGUAUAUUAGAGAAAGAAAGUGGCGUGUUGCUACUUUGAUCACUGGUUCGUAUUUGUCAGGGUGGGUCCAACAAAGUGGGUCCCAAGGAUGGAGGAAAUUUUUAAGGGAUGUUAUAUUUUAUGGGCUCUUAUUUCCUAUUGUCUUUAAAGCUGUUCGUUCUUAUGAUUGUGGGACAUUGCCUAGUGUCUCUGCCUCUGAUCACCUUCAAUCUUCAUCCAGCAAGACAGACUGAGAUUGAAUCAGCGGUUUCUUCUCAUGAGUUGGGUUAUUUUUAUUAUUUAAUUAAUUUUCUUAUUUAUUUACUUUAAUUAAGUUUGUUAUGAUUUCAAUGAAUAAAUAAAUCUUUAUAAAGAUUUAUAAAUAAAUUAAUAACAGUAUUAUUCCUCAUUGUUCA